AUGGCGCUUCCGAAUGCAACAUUUCCAGUUGUGAUCGUAAUAACCAUUGCCGCCAUCAUACUUGGAAUUAUUGGUGUUUCAACCGACUAUUGGGUCUCUGGUGUCGGCUCCCAUGCAGGCGUGUUGUCGGUUAUACUAUUAUUUUCAAGUGGCAUUUUGAUUGCAGCAAGUUUAAUGACAUAUUUGGCUCUUGAAAACGCAACAGGUUAUUCAUUCGUACUGAUGGCCAUUGCCCAAUUUUUAUCGUUCAUGGCUGCAAUGUUCGUCUCUUACUGGAUGGGACAUGCAUAUUGGGCGGGAGGUGCUGCUGUUGGCUAUACUGGUUUAUAA